AUGCCGGUCUGGCUGUCGUAUCCAUCGCGGCCGACGCGCGGCCGAGGCAGUCCGCCGCCGCCGCCGCCCACAGCAGCGACGAAGCACUGCCUCGUCUAUUUCGUGCCGGGCAACCCGGGUUUCAUCGACUACUACGAGCCGUUUCUGUCGACAUUGCGGGCCCGUCUCGACGAGGUGGAGGACACGAAGCGAGCAAGCAGCGGUGGCCGCGACGAUCUGCGUUUCCACCUUCUGGGCCGCAACUUGCUGGGCUUCGAUGACGGCGACGACGGCGGUGGCUCCUACGGGCCCGGCCCGUUCGACCUGGACACGCAGACCCGUGCCGUCUGGGACACGGUGGCAAACGCACGCGUCGACGUAGGGGCCCAGGGCGGGCCACGGCACGGCACCGCGUUUGACGAGGUGGUGCUGAUGGGCCACUCGGUCGGCAGCUACAUUGCCCUUGAUGUGUUUCGCCGGCAGCAGGCCGCCCACCCGAAAGGCCGUCGCAGAGGCCACCGCAACCACCAAAAGACGCACUCGCCAUCCGAAUCGGACAAGGUCGUGCCCGUCGGCGGCACCGGGCACCUCAACCUGCGGCUGGGCGUUUUGCUGUUCGCCACGCUCAACCAUCUGGCUCUGUCGAAACGCGGCCAGAAGCUCGAGCGCGUCCUUCUGACCACACCCGUCGUGUCCGCCUGGGCCGACGUGCUCGCCCAGGCCGUCGUCUGGUGGCUGCUGCCGGUGUGGCUGCUUGCGGCCGUCGUGCACUAUGUGCUGCGUUUCCCACCGCAUGCAGCGGCCGCCACGCUGCGGUUUCUGACCAGCCGCGGCGGCGUCCGCCAGGCUCUGUUCCUGGGGCGAGACGAGCUGCAGAAGAUUGGUCCCGAUGAGUGGGAAGACGAGCUGUGGGAAGUAGCAGCUGCUGGUGGUGACGAAUACGGCGAACGGGGAGACAACGGCAAGCACGCGCGGCCCAAAUUCGUCAUCCUGUUUGGCGAAGACGACCACUGGGUGGACAACGGCGUGCGCGACGAAUUCAUUGCGCGGCGGAACGCGCACGCGGCAAGCCGGACGCAGAUCGUGCUAGACGAGCGCGGAUGGCCGCACGACUUUUGCAUUUGGCAUGGUGAAGAAGUGGCCGAGACGGUAACGACGUGGCUGGAUGAUCUGGCUGAGUCGUUGUAA